GAUCAUUCAAGGAAAGCGAUUCGAGUCGCCUAUCAUUGCGAGUUGUGGCAUUUACCAAUUUGGCCGCUUACACGGAAUCUCACAGCCGAGGCGCAUAUGUUGUAUCCCGGGUGGAUAUUCCGCAAACCAGCUCCGCAACAUAUUGAUCAGCUACUACCCACGACCAGAACAUGACAUCCUCCUCGGGUGAGGAAGCGCCGGCCAACUAUGCCCGGUUUGCCUGCGAUCCUUGUAGGAAAGGAAAACGGAGAUGCGAUCGAACCCUUCCUCGUUGUGCCUUGUGUGCUAGGAAAGGCGCCCAGUGCGUCUAUCUCUCGCGGCGUCGGUCUCGUCAGAUACGGUCCGAGGGCCGCUCAGCCACGCCAAACACUUUGUCGAGCUCCAGUGCGACUAUAUCGCGCCCGGAUAGCCAAUAUGAUCACCGGAUACCUCAAUCUACUUCCAUUGUGACGCCCGUGACGCCCGUGACACCUGUGACUCCUACAACCUCCAAUGAAACCGCCACCGCAACCGCGAUAUACUUUAUCGCUCCGCAAAUCUUUCGACAGGCACAGCUUGAGCUACCCCGGAUCCAUCCCUCUAUACCGGCAGAUAUAUCACCAUUCGAAAAUGAUCCUUCACGUAUUCGCAACAUUGCGUAUACCUUCUUCGACUCGAUCCACUGGUGGAUGCCGCUGAUCUCUAAAAAGGGAUUCUUUGCACAUCUGCUGAACCCCUUGGCGCAGCGACGGAGUGAACUUAGUCUUCUCAUCAUAUGUAUGCAGCUGUACUGCGCACGCGAUCUUAACACAGGGACGGGGGCACUUGAUGUUACUGCUUUGUAUCAUAAUGCCAAGAGACUGCAUUUUGAGAUGGAGGCGGCAGGAGUUUUGUCGCUGCGGGUUCUUCAAGCUGGCAUCUUGAUUGCGCUUUAUGAAUUCGGGCAGGCCAUCUAUCCGGCUGCGUAUCUGACGGUUGGAGCUUGUGCACGCUAUGGUACAGCAAUUGGGGUGAACAACCUGAGAGAGGAAUCGCCGAGUGAAUACACAACUCCACGCUCAAUGUCCGAAGUUGACGAGCGGAGACGCGCGUGGUGGACCAUCUUAUUUCUGGAUCGGUUUAUGAACAUCAGCAAUCCUAACAGGCCUCUCGCGACAAAGAACCCAACCUUUGACGAUUUGCUCCCGGUUGAUGAUAAGUUAUGGGAUGAUGGGACUGCAAAGCCAAGUGACGCUUUCAGCAUCUCUCAAGGCUUUUCUCUCAAGAUGGGCAUGUUUUCUAGGCUUGGACAGGCCACUUAUAUGCUCAGCCAGGCUCUCGAUCUUGUUUGCCCGGAUAAUCACCAAGACCCAAUGGAAAGGGAUCAGCAGAUAGCACAGCUGAGGCGAACUGUUCAUGCGUUGAUUACAGUCUCAAACGCCGAAGCUAGUGUGAGAGAACUGAGGACAUGUGCUGGAUUCUGCCCCCAGUUAUCGAUUUGCUCCAGCACAAUAUUUCUGCUCCAGGAAUAUCAAUGGCGGGCGAAGAGCAAUAACAUGGAUCUCAUACCCAAUUACAUCUCUGCGAGAGACACUUCGGACGAGACGCUGUCUACCUUGGACCAUCUGGCGACCACCGCCCAAGGCUUUCGAGACCAGAUGGUAGAUACCACUUCAGUUCUGGUUGCCACACCAUUUCUAGCGCAUGUCGCGUAUCAGGCGGCCUUAUUUCUCAUCAGAUUAAGUCGAGGCGAGCCCGACGAUAUUACAACUCGGAGGAUGUCACUGUUCAAGGAGCUGCUGCAAGAUAUUGUUCCUCGCUGGAAAAUGGCCAGGGUCUAUUUGGACAUUUUGGAUGCUCAAGAAAUCACAACAGCUUCUGAGGCAGCGUGCGGCCCCCGACCGUUUAGGUACAGCCAGGACCCGGAUCAGUGAUCAGAAUCUCCUGGUAUAUUACACAUGCAUGAAAUAUCUUGGAUAUUAUUUGUAAUAAAAGAUUCGAUAUUUUGUUUCUAGUUUGGUUUCAAGGGUCUUGAUGACGAGAUAUCGGACCAUGGGAGUACUAUCUAGCCAGCAUCUGGACAUUUCAAAGUAUUGUAGCUGCACAUAACAAUGGACUAAUC